AUGGAGCAUCUCAAACAAACAUUUGCCCAAUGUCAACAAGAAGGCCGUCCAGCGCUGGUCACGUAUGUGACGGCCGGAUUCCCCACGGCGGAGGAAACCCCGGACAUCAUGCUGGGCAUGCAGGCCGGAGGAGCCGACAUUAUUGAGCUGGGUCUCCCAUUCACCGACCCUAUCGCAGAUGGUCCUACCAUCCAGAAAUCGAAUCUGAAGGCCCUCAAAAAUGGGGUCACCAUUACCUCCAUGUUGGAGAUGGUGCGGGAGGCCCGCCGGAAAGGACUCAAGACCCCCGUCCUCUUCAUGGGCUAUUACAACCCCCUUUUACGCUAUGGGGAGUCCCAAAUCCUGGCCGAUUGCAAGGAUGCCGGAGUCAAUGGUUUCAUUAUUGUUGAUUUGCCACCAGAAGACGCGAUUCGCUUCCGCAAUGGCUGUACCAAGAUGGGUCUCUCCUACGUCCCACUGAUCGCUCCUUCCACUACAGAAGAGCGCAUGAAGGCUCUCUGCAGUAUGGCGGAUUCUUUCAUUUAUCUUGUGUCCCGUAUGGGCGUCACCGGUGCUACGGGGACCCUCAACACAGAGCUUCCGGCGCUCAUCCAGCGCGUCAAGAGCCUCUCCGGCAAUGUCCCCGUCGCAGUUGGAUUUGGAAUCAGCACGCGGGAGCAUUUUCUAAGCGUGACCUCCAUCGCCGACGGUGCUGUCAUUGGUAGUCAAGUGAUCAACAUCCUGGCUGACGCCCCAGCCGGGCAGGCCGCUCAGGCAGUUGAGGACUACUGUUCAAAGAUCACACAAAGGAAAGUCUCUGCAGAUGCAUCGACUACAAUCAGCGGGACAACCGAAGCAAAGGCGGUCGCCCUAACCGAUGACGCAGAGGCAGCCGUGGCCGAUGGACCAGGACGGUUCGGUAUUUUCGGUGGUCAAUAUGCCCCCGAGGCCCUGACAACGUGUCUCGCUGAACUCGAGGCCGGUUUCCAGGCAGCUCUCGAUGACCCGACCUUUUGGGAGGAAUAUCGGUCGUACUAUCCUUACAUGGGCCGUCCAUCGAGCCUUCACCAAGCGACACGCCUGACUGAGCACAUCGGUGGUGCAAACAUCUGGCUAAAACGGGAAGACCUGAACCACACCGGAUCUCACAAGAUUAAUAAUGCCUUGGGUCAGAUACUCAUCGCUCGUCGGUUAGGUAAGACGGAGAUUAUCGCUGAAACGGGCGCCGGUCAACAUGGUGUCGCGACUGCCACCGUAUGUGCUAAAUUUGGCAUAAAAUGUACUAUCUACAUGGGUGCGGAGGAUGUCCGUCGACAGGCCUUGAAUGUAUUCCGGAUCCGCUUGCUAGGCGCCACGGUGAUCCCCGUCGAAUCGGGAUCGCGUACCCUCCGUGAUGCCGUAAAUGAAGCCUUCCGCGCGUGGAUUGUCCGUCUGGAUACCACCCACUAUAUUAUCGGGUCUGCCAUUGGGCCCCAUCCCUUCCCUACUAUGGUCAGGACUUUCCAGAGUGUGAUCGGUAAUGAAACCAAGGCUCAGAUGCAAGAGCUGGGCAAGAGUCCGGAUGCCGUUGUUGCCUGUGUUGGUGGAGGAUCUAAUUCUGUUGGCAUGUUCUACCCCUUUUCCAAGGAUCUCUCUGUCCAGCUGGUUGGUGUAGAAGCCGCCGGAGAUGGGUUAGACACGGACCGACACUCCGCCACACUGACUGGAGGCUCUGUAGGCGUGCUGCAUGGCGUUCGCACAUAUAUCCUACAGGACGAGCACGGCCAGAUCUCCGACACUCAUUCCAUUUCCGCCGGGCUGGAUUACCCCGGAGUUGGACCGGAACUGGCCCACUGGAAGGAAAGUAAGCGGGCAACAUUCCUGUCCGCUACUGAUGCCCAGGCCUUUGAGGGCUUCCGCCUCCUGAGCCAGUUGGAAGGCAUUAUCCCUGCGUUGGAAACUUCUCACGCUGUGUGGGGUGCUAUUCAGACAGCCAAAAAGCUGGGACCUGGCAAGGACCUCGUCUUGUGUUUGAGUGGUCGCGGAGAUAAGGACGUGCAGAGCGUGGCUGAUGGAUUGCCCACGAUUGGACCCCAGAUUGGAUGGGACUUGCGGUUCUAA